UUGCCGAACGCACUCAGAACCGAAAAUCGCAUACAACAUGAUCAAUACACUAAAUCAUCGGAUACCGGUAAGAACAAGUUGAGGAAAAAUGGAAGUUCAAUAAGUAUGGACAAUAUUCAGGCAAGCAGCGUCAGUUCAAAAUUUGAAUAUAAUGUUUCCCAGAAGAAACCAAGUAUGUUGAAUUCCAAAUGCAAAGUGAAGGCACAUCCCGGAGAGAAGCAGUUCCAGUGUGAAACAUGCUUGAAGAAUUUCGCAACCAAGACUAUUUUAAUCCAGCACUUCCGUACACAUACCGGUGAAAAGCCGUACAUGUGCGAUGUGUGCACGGAAAGAUUCCCGUUUUUUAGUCAUUUAUACACACACAGGCGCAUACACACCGGUGAGAAGCCAUUCAUAUGCAAUGUAUGCGAGAAAGGAUUUGGAUGUUCUAGCUAUUUAAACGCUCACAAGCGCAUACAUACCGGUGAGAAGCCAUUCAUAUGCAAUGUAUGCGAGAAAGGAUUCGGAUGUUCUAGCUAUUUAAACGCUCACAAGCGCAUACAUACCGGUGAGAAGCCAUUCAUAUGCAAUGUAUGCGAAAAAGGAUUUGGAAGUUCUAGUAAUUUAUACACACACAAGCGCAUACAUACCGGUGAGAAGCCGUACAUGUGCGAUGUGUGCAAGAAAGGAUUUAGGUUUUCUAGUCAUUUAAGUCGACACAAACGUACGCAUACCGGUGAAAAACCGUACAUGUGCAAUACUUGUAAGAAAAGUUUCACACAAAACGCACAUUUGAAUAGACACAAACGUACACAUAUAAAAUAG